AUGUUAUAAUCAUUUUUACUUAGUUUAGCAUCUGGCAUUGUGCUAUUUGUUGUUUACAUGUAUCAUAGGGCAAAUUUAUCAGAAGGAUCAGCUAAUUAUAGGUAUUAUAAUGAAGCAGUGAAAGGAAUGUCAAGAUGGUUGGAAUAGACGGUUGAUUUAACCUAAUCCCAUUUUUAACCAUGCAAGUAUAGGAGUUUAACAUACAUAGAAAUUGCGGAUAUGAGAUUGCAUUAGUGCAUGAUAAUUAUUAUUGUCAAAGAAGUGAUCUUUUUAAAUUGUUGCAUCCUGAAGUAGUAGUAUAAGAUCAAAUGGUAUUAAGAGAUUAUGGAGGUUAAGAUUUGGCAAGAAAAAUCAUCUAACAAAACAUGUAUGAUGCUUUGCCAAACUUUUUAUAGUCAAGACCUAUUGAAAUUGGAUAUCAUUAAACCCCUCUUGAAACAUCAAUAAUAUAUCCCUAUGCUAAAAAUUAUUUUCGAACACAUACUUUUGGAAAAUAAGCAGGUUGUAUUUUCUAAAAAUAUUUCCAUGUUCCAGGUUAAGAAGAAAUUGCAUUAAAAUCUAAUCAAUCAACACAUUUUCAUAAUUAUAUUGAUAAUUUAAAAUAAGAAAAUAAAAGCACAGAAUGUAUCAAAGAUGCUAGUUAUGAGAAACCAACAUUUAGAAUGUGGUUGAAAGAAGAGUGUGAGAAUUUCUUUGAAAUUAUUAAUACAAAAUAAUACAAAGAUAAAUUAGAAAAUGAAGGGAUCUAAUAUAUUUAUAAAACAAAUAGACAUUUAGGCAAUGGAAUAUUACUUUUAGAUUAUUAGAAUGAAAAGAUAAUUAGAUCAUGGUAUAAAGAUAGUUUAGGUUGUGGAAGAAAUAUUACUUAAGUUAUAAUUUAAGAGUAUCUUAAGAAUCCUUAUUUAUUUAAAGGACAUAAGAUGGAAUUUAGAUCAUAUUUUUAGAUUGCAUCCACUAAUCCACCUAUCUUAUAUGGAUAUAAAAAAGCAUUGAUUAAAUAAUGUGCUUUAAAGUUUGAUUUAUUAGAUUUUACUAAAGAGGCACAUGUUUGUAAUACAGCUGUAACAAAAACACAUAAAUAAACAACAGGAUAAGAAUAGGAUGAUGAUCUAUAUAUUGAUUGGAAUUUAGAAGAGUUGCAAGAUAUUUUGUUAGAGUAAGGUAAAAUAAAGUCUCGUAAUUGGUUGAAUGAAUCCCUUUAUCCAUAAAUAAUGAGAAAAAUAACUCAUCUAUUUUUUUCAGUAGAUAAAUAUCUAUUGAAAGAUAGCAGAGUGGGAGAGUUUUUUGGAGUGGAUUUUAUACUUGAUGAUGAUUUGAAUCUAUGGAUAUUUGAAUGCAAUAGAAAUCCUAAUUUUUUAGCAGUAACAGAAGGAAGAAAAGAGAAAUUUGGAAAACUCAUUCCUGAUAUGUUGGAAAUUUAAAUGUUAUUAGUUAGAAGCAGAUUUAAAAGAAUUAGAGAUUUUAUGUAUAAUAAAUUAAUACCAGCUAUAAAGGCUAGAUAGUUUUAAUAAUAGUAAGAAAAGUUCAAGGAAGAAUUUUUAUAAUUAAUGAAGGAUAGAUUUGAACCAGAAUAUUAAAUAUCAAAAAGUAACUUAGCUGAAUUGGCAUAUAUUGGAGAUGGGUAAUUUAAUGGAUAUAUUAAAAAAGAAUGUUUAGAAUCUAGUAGAGUAUUAAAAAAAUGA